GGCAGCGGAGCGGAGCCGCCGGUACCUCGGAGCAUCCCCGCCGAGCCCUUCCCGAGCCCUGCCCGCCUUUCCCGGCCGCUGCCGCUCCCGCCGGCCCGGCUCCCUGCAUCCUCCUCGCUCUCCCCUGCUGAUUUCUGCCGGGAAUUUGGGUGAUUCCUGCCGGGAAUUUUGCGCUGUUUCCUUCAGGACCGGGCCAGUUUCUCCUGGAAUCGUGAGGGUUUCAUCCUCCCGGGGAGCCGCCGCAGCGCCGAGGUCCUGCUGAUGAAGAGGAGGUGAGGCCCGAGCUGUAGCUCCCACUCUGUGCUGCUCCCUGCGGGACCUUCCUCCUCCUCCUCCUCCUCCGUGCCCGAUCCCGCGCCGGGGCCGCCCCGAUGCCGAAGAACAGCAAGGUGACGCAGCGGGAGCACAGCAGCGAGCAUGUCACCGAGUCGGUGGCCGACCUGCUGGCCCACCAGGAGCCCGUGGACUACAAACGCAGCGUCCUCAACGUGGCCGGGGCGUGGAAAAAACCACUGGAGGCGGAGAACCGCCCGGCGUGGAACAGCAAGCUGCAGUACAUCCUGGCGCGGAGGCUACUCCGGGGGGGUCUGUACUUUAUUUACCUUUAUUUGCCCUACCUCUGCCAGAAGAAUGGAGGAGGUGCCUACCUGGUCCCUUACCUGGUCCUGCUCAUCAUCAUCGGGCUGCCCCUGUUCUUCCUGGAGCUGGCCGUGGGGCAGCGCAUCCGCCGGGGCAGCAUCGGCGUCUGGAAUUACAUCUGCCCCCGCCUGGGGGGCAUUGGCUACGCCAGCUGCCUGGUCUGUUUUUUUGUUGGUCUCUAUUACAACGUCAUCAUUGGCUGGAGCAUCUUUUACUUCUUCAAGUCCUUCCAGUACCCCCUGCCCUGGAGCGAGUGCCCCAUCGUGAGGAACGGCUCGGUGGCCGUUGUGGAGACAGAAUGUGAGAGGAGCUCAGCCACCACCUACUUCUGGUACCGGGAGGCCCUGGACAUCUCCAACUCCAUCUCUGAGAGUGGGGGGCUCAACUGGAAGAUGACCCUGUGUCUGCUGGUGGCCUGGAGCCUUGUGGGCUUGGCCAUGAUCAAAGGCAUCCAGUCCUCGGGGAAGGUGAUGUACUUCAGCUCCCUCUUCCCAUACCUGGUGCUUGUUUGCUUCUUGGUGCGGGGGCUGCUGCUGCGUGGGGCAGUGGAUGGGAUCAUGCACAUGUUCACACCCAAGCUGGACAAGAUGCUGGACCCCCAGGUGUGGCGUGAAGCAGCCACGCAGGUUUUCUUCGCCCUGGGCCUGGGUUUUGGGGGGGUCAUUGCCUUCUCCAGCUACAACAAGCAGGACAACAACUGCCACUUCGAUGCCACCCUCGUCUCCUUCAUCAACUUCUUCACGUCCGUGCUGGCCACGCUGGUUGUGUUUGCUGUGCUGGGCUUCAAGGCCAACAUCAUGAACGAGAAAUGCGUGGUGGAGAACGCUGAGAAGAUCUUGGGCUACCUGAACACCAAUGUGCUGAGCCACGACCUCAUCCCACCCCAUGUGAACUUCUCCCACCUCACUGCCAAGGACUACAACGAGAUGUACAGGGUGAUCAUGACGGUGAAGGAGGGGCACUUCAAAGAGCUGGGCCUGGACGCCUGCCUGCUGGAGGAUGAGCUCAACAAGUCGGUGCAAGGGACUGGCCUGGCCUUCAUUGCCUUCACAGAAGCCAUGACCCACUUCCCAGCCUCGCCCUUCUGGUCUGUCAUGUUCUUCUUGAUGCUGAUCAACCUGGGCUUGGGGAGCAUGAUCGGGACCAUGUCAGGCAUCACCACGCCCAUCAUCGACACCUUCAAGGUGCGCAAGGAAGUGUUCACAGUCGGUUGCUGCAGGUCUUUCAGGAGGCCUGCUAAGGCGUGUUUUUCCGUCCUGGUGGGGCUGAUCUUUGUGCAGCGUUCUGGAAACUACUUUGUCACCAUGUUUGACGAUUACUCAGCCACGCUGCCGCUCACCGUGGUGGUCAUCCUGGAGAACAUCGCUGUGGCCUGGAUUUACGGCACCAAGAAGUUCAUGCAGGAGCUGACAGAAAUGCUGGGUUUCCGGCCCUACCAGUUCUACUACUACGCCUGGAAGUACGUGUCCCCCAUCUGCAUGGCCGUGCUCAUGACUGCCAGCAUCAUCCAGCUGGGAGUGAGCCCCCCGGGAUACAGCGCCUGGAUCAGAGAGGAGGCUGCUGAAAAGUUCCUGUUCUACCCGACGUGGGCCAUGGCCAUCCUCAUCUCCCUGAUCAUCCUGGCAUCCCUCCCCCUGCCCCUGGUCUUCAUCCUCCGGCAGUUCCACCUGGUGUCGGACGGCUCCAACGCCCUCUCCGUCACCUACAAGAAGGGUCGGAUGAUGAAGGACAUCUCCAACCUGGAAGACAACGACGAGACCCGCUUCAUCCUGAGCAAGGUGCCCAGCGAGACGCCGUCGCCCAUGCCCACGCACCGCUCCUACCUGGGCCCCGGCAGCAGCUCGCCCCUGGAGAUGAGCGCGGCUCCCAACGGACGCUACGGCAGCGGGUACCUGCUGGCCAGCACCCCCGAGUCUGAGCUGUGAUGGUGGCCUGCCCACCACCCCCCCGGGAGAGGAGGGCACUGGCGAGUGGAUGCUGGCUGUCCAGGCAAAGGGAAAAUUAAUUAUUAAGGGUGAAGAAGAAUUAAUGACUAAGAUGAAGAAGAAACCCCCUCUUAAAAUCGUUAAGCAAAGCAGCCAUUUCUGAGGUGACGUCGGGAGGAAGGGAUUGCAGGAGGGGCAGGACUCCUCUGACAACCCUCGGUGGAAAGGCAGGACCCCUGGACUCACCUCCAGGGAAGGGAAGAGGAGCAAGAGAUGCUGCAAUACCUUUCCAAGAGUUGUUCUCAUGCAGCUCAAAUCUGAAGCAAAGAAUCUCUCUUUUCUAAGCAGCUGAAGGUUGGAACAAGGACCUGGCAGCAGGUGGGAAGCCAAUCACACUUCCUCCUGUCACCCAGAGCUCUUCCCUCCCUGUCUGUUGUCCUUUAGCCGGGAGGAGUCAUGGCCUUAUUCCAACGAGCACAAUUAAUCAUCGAUGUUCAUAGCACAAGAAGGUGCUCUUGUUGUCACCAUUGUCGUUGUUGUUGUAUCUCCUGUAGGUUUUUAUAGCUGUGGACACACCCAGAUAACCCCCCAAAUUCUGACCAGGGUUGGCAGGGAGCAGUGUGGGGCUGGCUGUGAUGUUGGGGUGUGUGAGGCAGGGCAGGGUGAAUCCCUGGAAUUUUUGUUGCCACCAGCACAGGGACGGUGGCUGGGAGUUCUUUGGAGAUGUCACAGCCAUGGGAUGGGGUAGCUGGGAUGCUCCAUGGGUCGGGGGUGAUGGUGCUGAGCGGCAGGAGGACCCUGAAGUGACAGUGGUUUGGGGGUGUGAGCCUGUGUGGGGUCUGCAUGGGGUUGGUGUGAUGGGGGUCAGGAGGGCUCUCCUGGAGUUACUCCUGACGUGGGGGAUGCUCUG